AUCAUCUAUUUGCUUGCCUCCCCAAGUAGGUUUGCUAAUUAUUCUGCUUUGACUAUAUCAAAUCAUCACGCUCAUUUUCCUCCUAACAGAGCUUGCUAGCCUUAACCCCACCAAAGACAUUUCAUCAAUAUGGCUGCUCCUGCCCACAAGUUCAAGGUCGCCGACAUCUCGUUGGCUGCCUUUGGGCGCCGCGAAAUUGAGCUCGCGGAAAUUGAAAUGCCUGGUCUUAUGGCUAUCCGCCGAAAGUAUGCUGAGGAUCAGCCAUUGAAAGGGGCUCGUAUCGCUGGCUGUCUUCAUAUGACUAUCCAAACUGCCGUUCUAAUUGAAACCCUCAAAGCCCUUGGUGCUGAGGUCACUUGGUCAAGUUGUAACAUUUUCUCCACUCAAGAUCAUGCAGCUGCCGCAAUUGCUGCUUCAGGAACCCCAGUAUUCGCCUGGAAGGGAGAGACCGAGGAAGAAUACGAUUGGUGUAUUGAACAACAACUCUUUGCAUUUAAGGAUGGGAAGAAACUCAACUUGAUUCUUGAUGAUGGCGGUGAUUUGACAUCGCUAGUGCACAAGAAAUACCCUGAGAUGCUUAACGACUGCUACGGCUUGUCAGAAGAGACCACAACUGGUGUCCACCACCUCUAUCGGAUGUUAAAAAACAAAGAACUCCUGGUUCCAGCAAUCAAUGUGAAUGACUCUGUGACAAAGUCAAAGUUCGAUAACCUUUACGGUUGCAGAGAAUCACUUAUCGAUGGCAUCAAGCGCGCGACCGACGUCAUGAUUGCGGGUAAGAUCGCCGUCGUCGCUGGAUUUGGUGAUGUUGGCAAGGGAUGUGCUCAGGCACUCCACAGCAUGGGUGCCCGGGUCAUUGUCACCGAAAUUGACCCCAUCAACGCGUUGCAGGCUGCAGUCGCUGGCUAUGAAGUCACAACAAUGGAAGAGGCCGCCCCACUGGGCCAAAUCUUUGUCACGACCACCGGCUGUCGCGAUAUUUUGACCGGAUCUCACUUUGAAGUGAUGAAGAACGAUGCAAUUGUCUGCAAUAUUGGACAUUUCGAUAUUGAAAUUGACGUUGCUUGGCUUAAGGCCAAUGCCAAAUCCGUUCAAAACAUUAAACCCCAGGUUGACCGCUUCCUCAUGCCUUCUGGUCGACACAUCAUCCUCCUUGCAGAGGGCAGACUGGUUAAUCUCGGCUGUGCCACUGGACAUUCUUCUUUCGUGAUGUCUUGCUCCUUUUCUAAUCAGGUUCUGGCCCAAAUCAUGCUUUACAAGUCUGAAGAUCCCGAGUUUGGCAAGAAGCACGUCGAGUUCGGCGUGACUGGUAAGCGUGAAGUCGGCGUUUACGUGCUUCCAAAAAUUCUCGAUGAGCAAGUCGCGUUGCUCCACCUUGAACAUGUCAACGCCAAGUUGUCAAAACUUACUCCAAAACAGGCAGAAUACCUGGGAUUAGAUAUGGAGGGUCCGUUCAAGAGCGAAAUCUACCGAUAUUGAUCGCAUUGGCUUAACCCGAUAUCGGCUCAACUAUCUCGCACCACGCGAGAAUUUUCAACAUGAGGCUACGAUGUUAUGAACCAGAAGGAUGGCUCUUCUGUUGGUCAUAGAUUUGAACUGUCACAAAAAGCGGAUUGUCCUUCAACGGCAAAAUCAUGGGAUGUUACGAAGAUCAUUGGGGGGGGUCGGGGUUCAAGUUCUGGCCGGGGUGUAUUGAAUCUUGGGCUUUGUUGAAAACCUGUUUCAUUAUUGAUAAAAGCCACAUUUCUCAGAUGGGUCAUUAUCCAUUGAUAAUUCAUAAAUAUAUUGUGAGCCAAAGCAUUCAGGUGUAGUC